UUCAGUUUUCACGUUGCCAUCAUAAACAACUAUCAUGGCGGACGGAGGAGGGUCGGGAAAUCCGACAUCCCGUCUAAAUAACAAGAAGUCUUUUGAAUAUAAAAUGUCAAAGAAGGUUUCGGAGCUUACACAGGUUGUUCAUAUGCUGUUUUCUCGAAAUCACGAGAGAGAGGUAGAGUUGGAAUCGACAAAAGAAGCCUACGAGCAAGAGAUUUUAAACGUGAUCGCGGACGCGAAAAAACGGAUCGAAGCCCUUGAACACGAUUUAGCAGAAGCGAAAAGAAAGGCGCAAACGAAUGCCAUUAGCAUUGAGCAGGACUAUGGCAAAAAAUUGAAUGAAUAUAAGGAAAAGAGUGAAAAACAUUUUUUGGAAAUUCGAGAAAAGAAUGCAGCACUUUUGAAGGAGAUAGCAAGUCUCAAAGAGGAUAUUGUCAAGUUAGAGAAUGAAGUGGAGAUCAAUAAAGAGAAGGCCAUGAAGGCUCAUUUUAUGACAAGUAGAUCUACAGAUCAAUCUGGAGUAAAUAGUGUUGACCUUGAGGUGACAUCCCCAAGACCAAACGGAGCAUCAGAUCCUGCAGACCUUAAUAAACUCAAAGAAGAACUGAAGGUCAAAGAAAUAGAAAAUGAAAAUUUGAAACACAUGGUUGCAAUGAAUGUUCAAACACAAAGGGAGGGUGACAAAGCAAUUGCACAGUUCAAAAAGGAUUUAGAUAAAACUGAGAGCGAGCUGAGGUUGAGAAUUUCUAAACUAAUAGAAGAUGCAACUCAUUCAAAUAAAGCCAAGGAGAUGGCACAGAAGAAGAGUAAGAUGCUGGAAACGGACAUUAAACAUCUGAAAACGAAGCUGCAGGAUAAAAAGAAGGAAACUGCAUCCAAUGAAACAAAACAAAGGCGGAGCAGUGAUGGAAGCUCAAUAGUGUCUAGAUCAUCAGGAUCAUCAAAAAGUCUAUCUGAAGUGUCAAGCGAUUCCCAAGAAGAAAUUGAGAGGCUACGGAAGGAGAUUAAAUGGUACCGUAUGGAGCUUAGCAAUAGAGAAGGAAAUUUCAAUCGUAUGUUUGCAGACUCCAAUCCAAUUAGGCUAGGAGGAAUGACGGUAGCAGGACCAAGUCUUGCAAUGGCCAGACCUAGGCCUGACCAAUCAGUCAUGACAACGUCUGGAUCACUCUCCUCUCGUUCUGAAGAUGGAUCGCACAAAUCCAGGUCACUACCUAACCGAUUACCAACCCUAGGUAUGGAUGGGAGGCAGAGAGAACGCAACAAACCAGGUCAAAACUCAAAGGGAGCAGGGGUCAAAGGGUCAUCGUCAUCAGUUAAGGAGAAGAAUACAGUCAAGAGUAUAAGUGGAUAUAGCUGAUUAGAAGUAAAGAUAUCUUCUUCAUAUUCUUUUUGUUGUUACUCCAUGUUUCUAUAUCACCAUCAGGCAACUUUUAUGAAGGUAACACUUUGUGAAUGACUCUUCAGUUCUGCAGGAAUAUUUCUGAUAAACAUGAUUUUAAUAGCCCACCUUUGAUAGAUUUUAGCAUAUAUAUGUAUAUAUGAGAGUAAGUGUUUUACUCUAUAGAUAGAUAAUUGCCUUACUUUUCUAAUGAUUUUAUUCAAUUCCUUAAGGAAAAUGGAACGUUAGAUUUCAUGUAUGGUUUGUAAAGAUUAUUUAGCUGAGAACUAGAAGGGCAUUACCUCAUAUUUCCACCUACAGUUAACACCUUUCUGGCUCUCGGCAGAGGAUUUUGUAAGAUACACUGUAUGUUUCUUACAUUUCUUUGAUCUCACAAAGUCAAGUCUUGAAAUCUUUUGUCAUACGUGUAAGUAACCCAAUGUAGGCCAUAGCCAGUAUUAAUAUGAAAAGUAUAAAAACAUGCAAAACUUCUUCUGGCAUUUUCUAGGCGUACUAACAUUUACUUUUGUUUUUAAAGUUGAAAAGGAUACAUACAGUAAGUAACAUGUAUAUAACUUGAAUUCUCUUCAUUUUCCCUGGGCUUUGCUCAACAGUAACUGUCCUAGACAUUGGACAUAAACAGCUGCAUUUGGAAAUUGACAAUGGAAUGUAUGAAAAGUUCAGUUUUGCCACUUGCUGCAUUAAAUGCAAAAACAAUAUUUCCUCAAAUGGACAUGAUAUUUUGAAAGUAUUGAAGCUAUGUUUGUAUAUUCUUAAUCCUUUGACUAGUUCCCCCAGCUUUAUAAAACAUCCUGUGCAGGCAUGCACUUGGUUAAGCAUAUUUUCAAUUGAAAUUAGGCUUUCCCAAUAUUAUGAUUUUCAUUUCCUGGAUAAUUUCAUGAGAUGUGUCCCAUACAACAGACUUUAUUUCAUCUCCUGUUGUAGUAGAUCUAUAAUCUGUGGAAGUCAAAACGCUAAAACAUUUGCUAAUGAGGACUACCUUUAUUAUCACUUGACUUCUUUACUCUUUGAACUGUUACCUGAACAAACAUGUAGUUCAUGUUGUUUCUUUUCAUUCUUAUGUUUGUGAUGCAUGAAGAAUAGAAUAAUUAAAAAUAUAUUUCAUGUACCCAUGAGAGAGAUCUUGAAUCUAACACAGAAGUAUUGAGUAUAAUUAUGUGAGAGUAAGUCAAAUUGAUUCUCUGAUUAUGAUGAAAUGCAAUUUGGGAUUAGUGCAGUAUUUUUAUGAUGUUAACAAAUGUAAAACUUAUGAGGUAUAUUUUCUAUGAAAUAUCAAAUAAAUGUUUUUUGUAAUUUUGAGCUCUGAAAGAUGCACAUCAAUUUAUUUAAAAAAAUAAGAAAUUGCUAGCAUUAUAAUGAUUUCCUGUGUGUGUGUGAUUGCAUAACAGUUUUAACGGGGAAAUUGUGCAAGGAAUUUAAUCAAAUGUGAUUUGAAAGUUUGUGUUGAGUGUUUGAUUAUUGUGGUGUCUAAUGAUUUAACAAUAUCAUUCCUUUGAUAAAUUUGUAAUUAAAGUAGUUACCUGUGUUCUUAUGUCUUAGUGACCAUCAGCAAUGAUCUUAGUCAUUCUUCUAUCAUAGGCCACAUCUUAGGUUGAAGAGUUAGUUUUAAUCAAUGCAACCAACUUUUAUCAGCUUUGGUCUUCCCCAGGUUCAUCAGUAUUUAAAAGCAGCUUGCAUUUUCCUUAAGGAAAAUUAUAGAAAAGUAUUACUAUAAAUUAGUAUAAUCAUAUUUAACUUUACAGACAUUCCAGUACUUAAUUUAAUUUGCAUUGUUUUUAUGUUCAUCUGUGUUUUCUCCAUAACAGUAUAAAUGAAAAUCAUUAUUAUCAUACACCGUAGUUAAGAAGUUGCCAACAAGUGUAAUAAUCAAAUAGAGGGUAAAACAUAUUUUUUAAAUCAAAUUCAUUUCUAUUUUUGGAAAAAUCGUUCAUAAGGAUGUGUGUGAUUAUAUUUUGUAGAUAAAUGAUCGUUAUGGAUGAAUAUAUAUUAUUAAAAACAAUAAUGUACAUGUUUGAACUGUCUUAUUGUCAGAAAGCAUUUGUAAA